AUAUAGCAACAACGUACACAUCCGGCUUGAAAUUUUCUCACGAUGGAUGAUUAUAGAAUCAUCAAAAAAUUAGGGAGAGGAGCUCAAGGUAGAGUUCAACUUGCUGAACAUAAAUUAGAGGGCAAGAAAUAUGUUCUUAAGAAAAUUGAGUGUAAAGAUGAAAACGAAGCAAAUAAGGCUUUUAGAGAAGCACAGCACCUUAAGAAACUAUCAAACACAUAUAUAUGUGCCUAUAAAGAAAUGUUUGUUUAUUGGGAUAAAGAUGAUUCUUCGAUGUAUGUUUGUAUAGCAAUGGACUUUUAUUCGAAUGGAGACCUGCAUAGCGUUUUAAAAAAAUAUCAUGAAACAAAAGAAAACUUGCGAGAAAUUACGAUAAAAAAGUGGCUUGGUCAAAUUCUAGAGGCACUUGUUUACAUUCACAAAAAAGGAAUUAUUCAUAGGGACCUUAAACCUAGCAAUAUUUUCAUACAAGAUGACAAUAGCCUUUCCAUAGGUGAUUUUGGUGUAGCAACCGUUAUAGAAGAUGUGCGAACUAAAGCUCGAUCUCCUGUCGGAACAACAACAUGGAUGGCUCCUGAAGUUUUAAACAAAGCAUAUGACGAGAGAACCGAUAUCUGGAGUGUUGGGUGCAUAAUUUUUGAAAUGCUGACUUGCACCAUUAUUGAUAGUACAGAAAUAACAGGCAAACUGUAUGAAAUCAAGCAGAAUCCUAAGGCUGUUAAAGAAAUUCUGGACCAAGUAAAAGAUCAAUACUCCGAACAGAUGAUUGAGUUAGUUAGCAAUAUGUUAACAAUUGAUUUUCAUCAACGUCCAACUACAAGUGAACUCUUAAAAGUUCCUUAUGUGAAAGAGUGCCUGUUACUAAGUGGUUCGACCUUAGCCGAAAAAAGAGACGUCGAAUACGAAAUUUCUGUACCAAAGGGUGAGGGAUUUGAUGCUGUUAUAGAUUUUUUAACGCUUCAUGCAGGUAAUGAGAGUAACGCUUUGCCAGCCCUAACUUAUUUAGUUGAAUUGACGGAAUUAAAUAAUGGAGAUGGAAUUGUAGACUAUGGGAAAUCAGCCAAAGAGUUAAUAACAAAAGCUACAAAAUUACAUCCAUUGAAUGUUGAAAUACAAGUUGCGGGCUGCCAGACAAUUCUGAAUAUGAUAUCAUCAGCAAAUAUUGAUGACAUCUUAUAUUCUAGAGACACAAUUUCACUGGUUCUUUCUGCCAUGAAAAAACAUUCCAACAGUUUAGAUAUUCAAUUAAUUGCUAUAAAGCUAUUAGGCGUAUUUGCAGUUAACGAUGAAGCUUCAAAGUUUAUAGGGGAUUCAAGUGGUAUAAAAUCAAUUAUUGAAGCUAUGCGAGCCUUUGAAUCCAAAACACGAUUGCUUUCUAUUGCAUGUGAAGCUCUUUGGAACUUGACAGUUAAUGAAGAAAAUUGUCGACUUGCAACAGAACUAGAGGGAGUUCUGGAUGUCAUUAAAACUUUAGAUACUCAAGGAGGAGAUACUGAAGCUGUGGAAAAUGCCAGCGCUGCCCUUUUGGCAUUAUCUUUGGAAGAUGAAAAUCAAAAGAAAAUUUCUGACGCUGAUUGUGUUGGGAAAUUGGUUAAAUCACUUUCUCAACACAAAAACUGUGCUAAAGUUGUUAAAAAUGCGUGCAUGACUUUGGCAUCCCUUGUUGAAGCUGAUGAGGAGAGUGCUUACAGAGUGUUAUCAAAUGAAAGCGGAGGAAACGAAGUUCGAGGUUUGCCACUCAUCAUUGAUGCAUACGAGCAACAUAAGGAUAAUGCUGUGGUUGUCGAAAAUAUUUGUACUUUAUUUAUGGAAUUAUCAGAAUACGACGAAAUAUGUGCUGAGAUGAAAUACUUAAAGAUAGGAGACAGUCUGCUAUCUGAAGUUCAUAGACGUUUUAAAGACAGUGUAAACGUGAUGAAACCCUGCGAGUCUGCUUUAUCAAAGCUUUUAGGUGGCAAGAUUCGUGUACCGUUUGCUUCAGAAUCGUAGCUUUUCAUGUAAUACAUAUUUACUCUGUCCCAAACGAGUAGUUAAGUAAUAUUUUUUUGAAUAUAUGUCAUUCAUACAAAAUAUGAGAACUGUAUUGAUAGUGUUGUUAUAAUAGGGUAUUCCUCAUUAUAAAAUAUUGAAGAUAGUAAUCCAAUAAUUAUAUAUAUUAUAAUAGGCCAAAUAAAG